GUCAGCACCAAGGACAGCCGCUCAGCCCCGAGCAUAGCGUCAGUAUUAUCACCUCACAGAACAGCCCGCGCCGAGCCCACAGAGGACCGGUAGAGCAAUAAUACUGUGCACAAAGGGAGCCGCAUACGCCGCGAAAUAUGCUCUAACUCGUUUAUAUCGACAUUGGAAGAAAGACAAUGGGAGACAUAGGCAAAGGAAGAUAAUAAUCUUUGAAGAAAUGCUUCUGAAACAGCGGAGAUAGUCCAACAACGGAUAAGGUCCUGACCAUGCACAUUCCUCCGCAUUGCACUUAAAUCAAAUGUGCAGAUUUUCCACACUGUCCAGCGGGACGGUGGUUCAAGUCGUGGUAACCGGGUGAACAGUGCAGUCCAGAAUCCGGGAAAGCCCACCUGCCAACACGAGGGAGAGACGGAUCUGGGGUCCACUGUGCGUUUUGGUCGUUUACACGAUGCGUUUGUUUCUGCUGGCGGUGUUCCUCUCGUGCUCCUGUGCGCGGGCUGGCUGCGAGCCGAAGAUAGUGAACAUCGGAGCCGUCCUGAGCCAGAAGAGGUACGAGCAAGUCUUUAAGGAUGCAGUGACCCAGGCGAACCAGAUAUACGGGAGAGAUAAAUUCAAGUUGACCGCCAUCUCCGUAACGCACAAACCCAACGCUAUCCAGAUGGCUCUCUCCGUCUGCGAGGACCUCAUCUCCAACCAGGUGUAUGCCAUCCUGGUGAGUCAUCCUCCCCAGUCCAACGACCACCUCACCCCCACGCCUGUGUCCUACACCGCAGGCUUCUACCGCAUCCCUGUUGUGGGCCUCACCACACGCAUGUCCAUCUACUCCGACAAGAGUAUCCACUUGUCUUUUCUGCGGACUGUCCCCCCGUACUCCCACCAGGCUCACGUGUGGUUCGACAUGAUGCGAGAGUUUCGAUGGAACCACAUCAUCCUGAUCGUCAGCGAUGACCACGAGGGGCGGGCCGCGCAGAAAAGACUGGAGACCCUACUGGAGGAGAGGGAAACAAAGAAUAAAAAAAGGAACUAUGAAAACCUCGACCAACUGUCCUAUGACAACAAGCGAGGACCAAAGGCAGAGAAAGUCCUCCAGUUCAGCCAGGAGACUAACUUAACUGCGCUGCUUCUAGAGGCCAAAGAGCUGGAGGCUCGCGUCAUCAUCCUCUCCGCCAGUGAAGAGGACGCUGCUGCAGUUUACAAGGCUGCCCGUUUCCUCAACAUGACGGGCUCGGGUUACGUGUGGCUGGUGGGAGAGCGGGAGAUGUCGGGUAAAGCCCUGAGUGAGGCACCAGAUGGUCUCAUUGGCCUCCAGCUCAUCAACGGCAAGAACGAGUCGGCCCACAUCAAUGACGCAGUGGCCGUGGUGGCCCAGUCCAUCCAGGAGCUGUUUGAGAAGGAGAACAUUACUGAGCCGCCCAGAGGCUGCGUGGGAAACACCAACAUCUGGAAGACCGGGCCCCUCUUCAAAAGGGUUCUGAUGUCAUCAAAGUACCCAGAGGGCCUCACUGGACGAGUGGAGUUCAAUGACGAUGGCGACAGGAAGUACGCUCACUACAGCAUUCUCAACUACCAGAAGAGUCGACUCAUUCAAGUUGGGAUUUACAAUGGAACACAGGUGGUGAUGAAUAAUCAGAGGAAGAUCAUCUGGCCGGGAGGAGAGACAGAGAAACCGCGGGGCUUUCAGAUGUCCACGAGACUAAAGAUAGUGACCAUACACCAGGAGCCCUUUGUGUAUGUGAAACCCACUGAGCAGGAUGGAACCUGCAAGGAGGAAAAAACCUUAAAUGGAGUGGCAGAUAUUAAAAAGGUGAUCUGCACUGGACCAAAUGAGACCAUCCCAGGUAACACAACAGGACGUCCAAUUGUACCUCAAUGUUGUUAUGGAUUCUGUAUUGACCUACUUAUCAAGUUGGCUGGAACCAUGAACUUUACCUAUGAAGUACACCUGGUGGCUGAUGGGAAAUUUGGAACACAGGAGCGGGUGAACAACAGCAACAAGAAAGAGUGGAAUGGCAUGAUGGGAGAGCUCCUGGGGGGUCUGGCAGAUAUGAUCGUUGCCCCGCUGACGAUAAACAACGAACGAGCCCAGUACAUCGAAUUCUCCAAACCGUUUAAGUACCAAGGCCUAACCAUCCUUGUUAAAAAGGAAAUCCCUCGCAGUACACUGGACUCGUUCAUGCAGCCGUUUCAGAGCACACUGUGGCUGCUGGUGGGUCUUUCGGUGCAUGUGGUGGCGGUGAUGCUUUACCUACUAGACCGGUUCAGCCCGUUUGGGAGGUUUAAAGUAAACAGUGAAGAAGAAGAAGAAGACGCCCUCACCUUGUCGUCAGCCAUGUGGUUCUCCUGGGGAGUGUUGCUUAACUCCGGUAUUGGAGAAGGCGCGCCGCGCAGCUUCUCAGCGAGAAUCUUGGGCAUGGUGUGGGCCGGCUUUGCCAUGAUCAUAGUGGCAUCGUAUACUGCCAACCUGGCUGCCUUCCUGGUGCUGGACCGGCCUGAGGAGCGCAUCACCGGCAUCAACGACCCGAGGCUGAGGAACCCAUCAGACAAGUUCAUCUAUGCCACAGUGAAGCAGAGCUCUGUGGACAUCUACUUCCGGCGGCAGGUGGAGCUUAGCACCAUGUACCGCCACAUGGAGAAGCACAACUACGAGAGUGCCGCUGAGGCUAUCCAGGCCGUGCGCGACAACAAGCUGCAUGCUUUCAUCUGGGACUCUGCGGUGCUGGAGUUUGAAGCCUCGCAGAAGUGCGACCUGGUGACCACGGGAGAGCUGUUUUUCCGUUCGGGCUUUGGCAUAGGCAUGCGCAAGGACAGCCCCUGGAAACAGAAUGUGUCCCUGGCCAUUCUCAGUUCCCAUGAGAAUGGCUUCAUGGAAGAUCUAGAUAAAACCUGGGUGAGAUACCAGGAGUGUGACUCACGGAGCAAUGCCCCAGCCACACUCACCUUUGAGAACAUGGCAGGAGUGUUCAUGCUGGUGGCUGGAGGCAUAGCAGCAGGGAUCUUCCUCAUCUUUAUUGAGAUCGCCUACAAGCGACACAAAGACGCCCGAAGGAAGCAGAUGCAGCUGGCCUUUGCGGCCGUCAACGUCUGGAGGAAGAACCUGCAGGACAGUAAGGAGGCCUCUGGAAGCCAAGCUGUGGGCGCAUCGAUGACCCCAUCGUUACCCUCUUCCUCUCUAGAGACUCAGGAUGAUAGGAAAAGUGGUAGAGCAGAGCCCCCCGACCCCAAAAAGAAAGCCUCUUUUAGGUCCAUCAGUACCUCCCUGGCCUCCAGCAUCAAGAGACGUAGGUCAUCCAAAGACACGCAGUACCCACCCACCGACAUCACGGGCCAGCUCAACCUGUCCGACCCGUCUGUCAGCACGGUGGUGUGAGAGGGACAGAAGGAGAGAGAAACAUUCACUCCUUGGAGAGAGAGAGAGAGAGAGAGGGUGGGUGGACAAAGAGAGGCUUCCCCCAGCUCACUGCAUUAUUGGAUCCAUCACUGCUGAAGCUUUUUGUCCCAUUGGCUUUACAGUGGAGCCAUGGAGAUAACCCUACAUUGAAGAAAGGACUGAUCUGAUCAUGGCACUUGUUACAGCUGGAUCUAGCCUGGCAUUAGUCAGCUCUAGGGUUCUGAGCUUACUUACACAUACUGUGUUUUUUUCUGUUUUCUCUAGUCACGCUCAAUUUAUGCUUAAAACAGUCCUAUCUUUGUCUAAUUUUACUUACUGCAGUGCAGACAUUGUGGUGUUGGAUACAACUACUAUUUAAUAUAUCUACAUAAUCAAUGUUGCUGUUUAAAAAGUCCUGUUUAGUUAUAUGACUUAAGUAGAAAAACAAGUGGACUUAAGCACUGUACAUAUCAUUUAACUGACAAGAACUGACUGUAACACACAUUAUUAUUUCACAGUAUGAAAGGUACACUGCUAAAUAUCAACGUUUAAAAAAUACAUGUCUUUUAACUCCACAUAUUUAAAUAAAAUAUGUCUUUGAUAAGUUGGACAUGUUUUAAUAGUGAGAACAUAAACUUCUGUGCCAAUAUAAUGUUUUGAAGCAACGAUACUAGAGAUGGAAGCAUGCAUGUAUUGUAAAUGCAUACCCACUGGGCACAGACAUCAGUUCAACGUCUAGUUUGAACUUACAUUUUGUUUUCAACUCAUGUAAAUUGAACGUAAAAUCUACAAAACAUUUCACCAUGUCAUUGGAUAUAGAUAAACAUUUGGGUGGAAAAAAACAGUGCCCUGACGGUGAGUCCAAUCAGUUUUCCACAUUGAUUCAACGUCAUCGCAUAGAUUUUUGGCAUUGAAAUAACAUGGAAAUAACGUUGAUCCAACCAGUUUUUGCCUAAUGGGUAGAUGCACAUGAGUAUUUAUUUAAUUAAUUAUUUGUCCCCAUGGUGUUAAUACUUAUACUGCUAUUCCAAUCACAUACGUUUUCGGAGAUACAAAAAUUGUGAUCUUUGUUCAGAUUUGAUUCUUUGCCCCUAAAUAAUGAAUUGAAUAACUGUCCAGGCAGUAUUAUCCCUUAGCGCCCCUUGAAAACGUUCUGCCUGUGACGUAAUGUUCACAUUUACCUGUAUUUGGUCCAAUGAGGUCUUUACACCUUUGGUAUUGAGAAAGUGGCAAUACUAUAUUCUUAUUUGAAGGGAAUUUUCAGUCACUAAUCCAGUUCGAAACUAUAGGAAAUGUGUUAUUUGUUAUCACUCUCUGAAAGUACACUAUCAAUGUUUCUUAAUCCUGGUCAUUGGGACCCAAAUGGGUGCACAUUUUUGUUUUUGCCCUAGCACUACACACCUGAUUCUACUAAUCAAAGGUUUGAUAAUUAGUGAUUAGUAGAAUCAGGUAUGUAAUGCUAGGGCAAAAUCUAAAAUGCCUACCCAUUGGUCGUAUUCCCCUGCUCAGAUGUUGCUGACACAUGCGAGAUCUUACACAGCCUGGAUAGGUAUUUUACAUAUUAGCUUACCACAUCAUAUGUAAUAGCAAUCUGGUACCAGACUCCACAGUCGAUGACAUGACACGCAACCAUUGGUUGAUGCAUGCAAUGUCUGGGAAGGGGAACAUGACCUUUGUUAUCGGCCAUAUGUUUGGGAACACCCUCUCCCUUGCUUUCAUUAGUCUUUCUCAUCUCCAGUUUCAAGGGGUUGCAUCAAAGAGCCAGGUUUUUCACCCAACCAGCACUUGGUAUUUCAUGCAAAAACCUCCUACCUGUGCACAACAGUCUAUCUUCCAUUUGCACUUUGAUAUGUCUUACAUGGAAGGAACCCGAGUGAAUUGAUAAUUCAGCUUAACUUGCAGUCUUUGUGCUGUGAGGUUGUGUACAUAUCUUGGAUAGAAGCGAAAACAGGCCGUUUCCCAGGCUCUGGAGUUGAGAAACAACUGUGGCAUGUUGAAAGAAAGACUAUUGCACAGUUCUGGCAUGGCACUGCAGAGCACUUUAAAGGGAUACUUCAGGAUUUUGGUAAGGAGGCCCUUUAUAUACUUCACCAGAGUUAUCUACUUUGCCAAGUCAUGGAUACCAUUUUUAUGUCUCUAGUAUGAAGCAAGUUAGAGGUAGUUUCACAAGUCAAUGCUAACUAGCGUGCUAGAAGGGACCCAUAGACUUCCAGUCAUUGCACUAACACUAGUUAGCAAUUGCGCUACCGGUAGUUAGCAACUUCAUUCAAACUGCACGCAGAGACAUACACAUUUUAUCCACAAGUUCAUCUGACUGGGGAAGAAGAUAAAGGGCCUCAUUGCCAAAAUCCCAAAGUAUCCCGUUAACCUGAGGGCUUCCCCAUACUGUUCCCAUCAACAAGGCUGAUUGAGAUAUUAUUAUGCAUUCAGCAGGCAAGUACAUAAAAAUAUAUAUGAAUAGUAGUAGAAAAAGGCUCACAACAGAGAUUAUGGUGUAAUUGUUAUAAUUUGAGUAUCUCAUACAAACACACAUUUCUUUAUUUGUUUGGUGGCCAAGUUUUUUAUGAAACAUGUAGAUUGUAGUACUUCGCUGGAGAAAAAAACACAUAUUUGUCUAUUUAAAGCACUAAAACAGCAUUUAGUUUCUGAAUGUGAAAUUUGAUCAUUUAAAAAGUUAUUUCUGGUCAUGUUCUCAUUCUGGCCUAUGCAUGCUUAUGUGUGUUUAGCAGUAUUCUUGUUUGGUUCUUGAAUGCCUAUUGAUUAUUGGCCAUGCAGAUCUUGUUUCGUUUUCUGAAACGCAUACUAUGAAUGCAAUGUAAAUAGAAUAUUGCACUUGUCGUAAUACUGCUGAAGAGAAUGUCAUUUUCUCACACACACACACACACACACACACACACACACACACACACACAUCACCACCCUCAAUGACACACACACAUGCACUGUACACAUUUUAAAGUUUUAUCUCCUCAAUUAUAAAGAUUAUACAGAAAAUGAUUUUCAAUCAAAUAAUAUUGUUUGUAUAGAUGCACUUGUAAAUAAAAUGUACCUAUUGCCAA